AUGGCCGCGUCGCAGGUGGAGCCCUCCGCCUCGAGCUCGGGGCUGGGGCGCCGCAGGAGGACGUGGGCCGAGCUGCUGGCGGGAAGGGUCAAGAGGCAGACGUAUGGCCCUGGAACAGAACAGAAGUUACAGGAAUCCGCUGUGCACCUCCUGAGACGCCAUCUAAACUUGAAUGACCUUUUGCUCGAGGUAGCAGGUGUACCAUGUAAGACGCUGUGUCUCAAUCAAUUGAUUGAUCCCGAGGCCUGUACUAAUCUUUCUAGUUCGUUCAUAGGCUCGGCUCUGCGGGAUGAAGCCUCGAGGCUGGGCGUCCCUGUGGCAGUGCUGUCCAGCCGGAUGGUAGCCUCCAGCGUCGCGCAGAUCUGUGUGUCUGGUGGCGAGCCCUCGCACGGAGUGCUGCUGAACACGGAGCAAAGGAAGAAACUGUCUUCCUUGUUGGAGGUGGCUCAGUAUUUAUUAGCACACAGUAUGUUUUCCCGUCUCUCCUUCUGUCAGGAGCUGUGGGAAGUACAGGAUUCUUCGUUGCUUGAAAUCAUGUGGCAUCUUCACGUAAAAAACGUUGUGAGCCUCCAAGAGCUGCUGGAAAGUCGUGCUGACACGCAGGCCACGGUGGCGUGGCUGUUCAGGAACCUGUGCCUUCUGUGUGAGCAGACGGAAGAGUCUCCGUGCAGCGACGUCGCCAGGGCUGUGCUUUCUGAUUUUGUCCAAAUGUUUGUUUUGAGAGGAUUUCAGAACAACCCAGAUCUCAGAAGAAAUGCGGAGCCUGAGCAGAUGGGCAAGCUCGCCGUUGCUGUGCUUCAGAGGAUGCUGAUCUUUGCUCUUGAGGCUCUGGCUGCUGGAGUGCAGGAUGCGUCCUCACAGCACAAGGUGGUGAAGUGCUGGUUCGGCGUGUUCUCUGGACACACGUACAGCAGCAUCAUGUCGACGGAUUCUCCUAAGAGAUUCUUCAGUCACACUCUGACUCAGGUGCUGACCCACAAGCCUGUGCUGAGAGUUUGUGAUGCUGUCCAAAUGCAGAAAGAGUGGAGCUUUGCGAAGACCCACCCUCUGCUCACCGGCCUCUACCGCAGGCUCUUUGCUAUGCUGAGUUCAGAGGAGCUGGUUGGCCACUUGCAAGAAGUUCUGGAAACACAUGAGGUGAACUGGCAGCAUGUGCUGACCUGUGUGUCCACACUGGUGAUCUGCUUACCCGAAGCGCAGCAGCUGGUUCAAGACUGGGUGGCCCGAUUGCUGGCCCGUGCGUUCGAGCACUGCGACCUGGACAGCAUGGUCACUGCGUUCCUGGUUGUGCGUCAGGCUGCGCUGGAGGGGCCGUCUGUGUUCCCAUCCUACACAGACUGGUUCCAGGCCUCGUUUGGGAGCUCGAGGGGCUACCAUGGCUGCAGCAAGAAGACACUGGUCUUCCUCUUCAAGUUCCUGUCAGACCUCGUGCCCUUUGAGGCUCCCCGGUACCUGCAGGCGCACAUUCUCCACCCGCCGCUGGUGCCGAGCAAGUACCGCUCCCUCCUCACAGACUAUGUCUCGCUGGCCAAGACGCGCCUGGCCGACCUGAAGGUGUCUGUGGAAAACAUGGGCCUCUACGAGGAUCUGGCUUCACCCGCGGACGUGACAGAGCCCCAGAGCCGAGCGCGCCAGGAUGUGGAGAAGGCCAUCGCGGUGUUCGAGCACACCGGGCGAGUCCCUGCCACGGUCAUGGAGGCCAGCAUCUUCAGGAGACCUUACUACAUGGCUCACUUUCUCCCUGCCCUCCUCACGCCUCGAGUGCUCCCGAAAACCCCUGAUUCCAGAGCGGCCUUGAUAGAGUCCCUGAGGAGAGCAGAUAAAAUUCCCCUGUCUCUGUACUCCACCUACUGCCAAGCCUGCUCCACUGCUGAAGAGAGGAAGCCAGAAAAUGCAGCCCCAGGAAUGAAGGUGGAGGCUGUCUGUGGGGAAGAGCCCUUGGGACCACUCGCGGCUGCGCUACGAGCACUCAGAGCUGCAAUGACAGACCCCACCCAGCAUGACGUCGUGGCUGCUCGAGUGGCAGUUGUUUCUGAGCAGCUUGGCUCUGCCUGGGGCCGUGCUGAGGAGGACGGCAGCCCCGGGGGAUGGCAGAUCCAGCUCAGUGUCCUCGCGCCGGGCCUGGAGCAACAAGAAGGGCAGGUUGCAGACCUCCUGCUGACAUGUUUCUGUCAGAACCUGAUUGUGGCUUCCAGCUCCGCCCCGCCCGCCAGGCAGGGCCCGUGGGCUUCUCGCUUAGUGUCAGCCAUGUGUGGACGCAGGCUCCUCCCCAUCGUGCUCACCAGGCUCUGCCAGCUGCUCCGUCACCAGGGCCCAAGCCUGAGUGGCUCCCACGUGCUGGGAUUGGCCGCCCUGGUCGUCCACCUGGCUGAGUCCGGGCCUGCGUGCCCUGUGGUGCCUGUGGGCCUUCCUGCCCCCGCUGAGGGCAUGUCCAUCGCAGAGUUCUUCAGCAGCCUCCUGACGUUUAGGACCUCGGAGACCUUGCUCUUCUGCCUGAAAUUUUGUACAGCGGUGAUUUCGUACUCUCUGUGUAAGUUUUCUUCCUCAUCACAAGAUACUGUGUGCAGCUGCUUGUCUCCAGGCCUCGUGAAGAAGUUUCAGUUCAUCGUAUUCAGACUGUUCUCAGAAGCCCGAGAUCCCGUCUGUCAGGAGGACACGGCCGGCCCUCCCUGGAGGCCCCUGUUCCAGCCCUCCGCAGACUGGCAGCAAGCCGCCCUCCGGCUGUGGAGACAGAGGCCCUUCCAGGAGCUGCUGAAGGAGAAAGAAUUUCAUUUAACUUACAGAGACUGGUUACAGCUGGAACUAGAAAUUCAACCUGAGGCCGAUUGUCUUUCAGAUACAGAAAGGUGGGACUUCCACCAGUGGGCGAUCCACGAGCACUUCCUCCCCAAGCCGUCUGCUGCGGGGGGCUGCGACGGGGACCUGGAGGCAGCAUGCACACUUCUCGUCGACGUGCUGAUAGACUUCUGCCAAAGUUCGAGAAGUUACAGCUACUCAGAGAAUUCGGAUUUGGUUCUCAGUGGCUGCACAGGAAAUCGGGAUAUUUUUUCCAGACUGCAGGAGAUGGCUGCUGGUCUGGAGCAGGGCCCGGUGGCUCCCCCGGGUCACUCUCCUCCGCGGGGGCACUUCCUCUUCGCCGUUUUCCGCAGACGGCUCCAGGCUCUGGCUCGUGGGUGGGAUGUGGCCACGCGACUGCAGAGGCAGCGGGAGCUGCUCGUGUACAAACGGAUCCUCCUCGGUCUGUCCCCGUCUGUUGUCGUCGGCAGCCCCCAAGCCAGACAGCCGACCGCCCCUGACUGCACGGAGUUCUUCCACUUGGUCAACUCGGAGCUGAGAAACUUCUCCCACGGAAGUGCCCUGACCCAUGACCUCACCGUUCACUUCUUCAGGGGGCUCCUCACUGCCUGUUCACAAAGCAGAGACCCCUCCCUGACAGCAGACCUGGUCCUGACCACGUGCCAGACCGAGUGCCCCCUAGUCCUGACCUCUGCUCUGUUGUGGUGGCCACGUCUGGAGCCCGAACUGCGUAGUCGGUGGGGGAGAUGCCCCCGGGGCCCCCUGCCCCAGGAGCUGCAGCGGCUGUGCGAGGCCCAGCGGUUUGGCAGGAGCUGCCUCUCCCCGGACCCGGCGUCCCCUGCACCGGGCCCGGCCUGGCUGUCGGCUGCCGCGCUCUACUUCGCACUCCAGCGAGCCGGGAGGGACCGCGCCAAGAGCCACCUGCAGCGGCUGGGCUGCCACGGAGAGGAGCUGUUGGUUUCCCUGUUUUUCUUUUCCUUGAUGGGCCUGCUUUCGUCAUACCUGACCCCACGGGGAAGACCUCGGCAGGCUGUCGACACCCUAACGGCUUUGGACAUCUGUGCUGAGAUCCUGGGGUGUCUGCAGACGAAGCGGGUCUCCUGGCUGCUGCUCUUUCAGUUGACGGAGACAGCUGGCGGCCUGGGGCACGUCCUCCUGCGCCUGGCCCCAGAUCAGUACAUCCGACUGCUGCCGUUCGCCUUCUACAGCCUGCUCUCCUGCUUUGACGAAGACACCCUCACCAGGGAGGACGCCUUCCUGCAUGUUGCUGUCGACAUGUACCUAAAGCUGAUCUGUCUCUUCGUGGCUGGGGAAACGAGUGCAAUCUCUGCCGGAGCCAGCGGGAGCCGCGAGCCCCAGGGCCAGGGUGACCCUGUAGGCCUGAUAACAGAGGCUCGUCGUUUUCUGCUGCAGUCAAUACCGAGAUGCCCAAAAGAGAGCUUCUCCAACAUGGCGGAGGUAACAGCCAGACACUCACUUUGGUGUGUGUGUUCAAGUGCAAACGAGAGUGCGGUCCCUCCACUGAAAGGACCCAGGGGUGUGGCACUUGUGCUGUGGCCACUUACCUGCCAGGCUGUGGCUGCCAGCUGCCGUCCCCAGGUGUCUGGGGGCGGCACUCAGCUGAGCACAGUUGGUUUCUUGCAGCUGCUGGCCACCAGCACAGACUGUGACCCGGACGUGAGGGCCGCCCUCCUGAGCAGACAGCAGGCCGGGCCCGGCACUGACCUCUACCAGGAGCCCCAUCUCUUUUGACUGGACCCUGCGUGGUGCACAGC